AUGAUUCGAUCUCCACGAAAAAAAAAUCCACCGAAAAAAUUUACACCAACAAAACCAAAUUUAUAUAGUCAAGAAAAUUAUCUACUACGUUUUGAGGAUAAUGAUGAAUUAAUUGUGAUUAAACGUUCAAGUAUUGGAUCGAUCAUUGAAGACAAAGCAAUUGUUGGAACUGGUUCAAAACGUCGCUUUGCAAUAAUCGAAGCUAAAGAUAUUUUAGAUGCAAUAAAUGAUUUUGAAGAUGAUGAUACAAUGAAUGAUGAUAAUGAUCAGAACGAAAUACCUAGUAUGCUUAUGAUUUUCUCAUAA